ACAGACGCAGCAAAUCGAACACAGGUAGUUCAAUGGAAAGUUCCGUUAGCACAGUUUUAUUAUUAUAAGUUGAAACAAGUGUGUACGUAUUAUUAUUAGUAUUGGUUAAGUCUUCAUACUUGAUCAACCAUUUUAACAUAUUUUUAGUAAAUAAUACAUUUUUAUGCAAAAUGUAUUUUUUGAAAAGUGUGGUUUUUGUUAUUUGUGGAUCCAUAUUAUACUCAUCAUGUUUAGCGACGGAACAUAAUCCUGUGAUAGAUGCAUUCAAUAGAGAGGCAAUUUCUCCUGAUCUGAUUCCAAAGGCACCAGAAGGUCUUUUAACUGUCCAAUUUGAAAAAGGAAUUAAAGCAAAUUUAGGAAACACUUUAUCCAUUGAACAAUCCAAGAAAAAACCAGUCGACCUGAGUUGGCCUUCCUCGCAAGAAGCAUUUUACACCGUUGUAAUGACAGAUCCUGAUGCACCCAGUCGCCGAAAUGCAACUUUCGCUGAAUUUAAACAUUGGAUCGUUGGAAAUGUUCCAGGUUUAAAAAUUAACGAAGGGAAAAUUAUAGCUGAUUAUCGGCCACCAUCGCCACCAAAAGGUACUGGACCACAUCGAUACAUAUUGUUAGUGUUCGUACAACCACGUGGAAAAAUAACUUUCAAGGAACCGUUCACUCCAUCUGACAAAAGUGAUGGGCGUCCUAAGUGGUCAGUCAAAAAAUUUGCACAAGAAUACGAUCUGGGUGAUCCCGUUGCGGGAAACUUUUUCUUUGUUGAACGAAAAAAAUAAAAUAUUUCCUGUAGAUCGUAUUUACGUUAAAGUACAAUAAAUGUUUUUGGACGGAAA